CCAGAAUCACCAACAUAUUCAGCAGCGGACUUCCAGAUCAUUUACGGUGCCCUUGGGAAACAAUAUGGACACUGCACCCAUCAAGUGUCCAUAUGCAAGUCACAUCACACGCCUAUGUCAAAAAACAUUUCAGUCCCAUGAGGAGGCGGCAAUACAUUUGAUCCUAGACCAUAAUGCUCGGCCUAUUCUCUUGAACGAAAAUGGCCGGUACAUCUGUCUCUAUGGAAAGGACUUUGGCAGAUCUGGUUGCCAGGAGACUUUCUCUACGCAAAAAGCAACCACAGAACACCUUGAGCUAGCCCACCAAAACGAGACCGAGCCUAUUCAAUGCCCAAUUUCCAGCAAGUGUAAAAUCAAUUGUUAUACAAAGGACGGGCUUCUACAGCAUGUGCAAAAUAAGCAUCGCGUUGCCGCAUAUCGGUGCACAUGGGAGAAUUGUUCGAAGACCUUUGCAAAUCCAGGCGGUCUCAACAACCACAUAGCUUCUGACCACAAGGGCAAGAAAUGGUACCCCCCGGUCAAGGAAUGCGAAAAGGAGUACAAGAGUGACAAUGGGCUGCGUGGCCAUAUGAAGGCUAAACAUCCAAAUUGGCAAGACGCGCCCAAACCACAACCUUCGAAGCGGCGUCGGGGAAAGGCGAACGUACCACAGACAUCGGGGAAACCGGCCAAAAGCGUUAAAUUGAAGUGCCCUUUCAGUUACUGUAACAAAGAAUCCGAUUCUCGAGAUGGCCAAGUCGAGGGAUGUCUUGAAAGCUUUCCUGACCUGCUAAGCUGGGAAAAGCAUACUAAAGAUCAUAAGAGUCCGCCUGUUGAGUACCAUGCCUGCAGAGCUGAAGAUUGUUCAAUCAUGUUCAAGAGCGAACACGAAGCGCAGGCCCAUUACCAGAAACGGCAUAUCGACCUCGGCUAUGGGCCUAUAUGCCCGACGUGCAAUGAGACUUUUUGGUCAAACGAAGCCAGAAGACUGCAUGAGUUGAAACAUACUCACAAGUUUGUUUGUUCUCGUCUACACUGUAACCGACGUUUCGAGACUUGCGAGAUGGCGAUCGAGCAUAGUUCAGGGACAGACCACGACUUUGGCGGCAGGACGAUGGUUAACCAAGUCCAAACUAGAGUAAAAGCAUCGUUCCUACAUCCUGGAGCAAAAUGCCGAAUAUUGGGACUGAGGCUAGGACAACCAGAGAAUGGCACGCGAACGAUUACUUUGAACCACGUGUGCGUCUCAUGCUUCACUAUGAAGAGGGCCCGGGCCUUCUUAGAGCAAGGGCAAGCAAAAUCGGAGAAUUCUCUUGAGAAUGUCGAUCUGAAGGUCUUGCGAGAUCUCUUUGCUGAUGCCGCCGAAAAGGAGUGGACUUGCCCACCAGAGUUCCAGAGAAUCCUAGAGCGUAUCAAAGACAUCGAAGAAGGGAACAUGCCUCCCUGCAGCCUGCUUAUCGUCGACACGGAAUUUUCUCUGGCCACGCGUCAACCAUGGGAAGUCGCAAUCAUCGAAUAUUUGUCUGGAAAAACUCGACUUAAUACACUCUUACACCAUUCCAGUGGACUCUCACACGAGUCUGAAAGCCGGAGAAUUGCGCAAAUAAGCAAAAUGCAGGCCAAGAAUAUCUACAACCCCAAACGGAAUUUAGACAGACUCAAUGUUCACCAAGUUGCACAAAGAUUGAAAGAAAUUGGCACCAAUUCAGACACCCUGUUUAUUGCUUGGGCCACAAAUCCGUUUGACCUGCAUAUAUUCCGCAACUAUUUGGAGGCGGGUGGCUAUAGUGGAAUCUUGCCUGAUGAUGAGCAUUGUAUUCCGCUAUGUCAGACUUUCCGGCAAAACUUAUCCAAAAAUCAGUUCUGGCAAGCAGUUUCCUUUGCGCUUGGAGGUUAUUUUCCCGAUCUUUCACCCAGGGCACAAACUCAUUGGUACAAACCAUGAAGCAUUACCCGAUUGCCAGCAGACAAGACAUAUGUGCCUGGCUGUCCCAGAACUACGCAAGAGGUAUCCAAUUAUCUAAUAUAAGUAUUUGCACGAAUGGAGUUGCAUUUUACGCUCUUGGGGAAGCUAUAGAGCCAAAUUCUAACUUAGAAAAGAGAAGCACAGCACAUCAAAGACUUCGUGAACCAGGAGAGUGUAUUACAGGGGAGUUUUGUUGAUUGUUUACGUCUUAGGGACAGCUCUUCAUUAUUUCAGAC